AUGAAGGCUUAUGAUUCUUUCAUCACGCCAGCCGAACUUGAGGUCUUUGAAGAUGGCAUCUUUACAGAGAACCAGCUCACUACACUAACUUCAAGAGAAGAUGCGUUCAUGGACACAAUCUUCGACUUCGACUUGAUUGAAUCUACUCCUGACCAGCCUGACGACGACGUUAUCAACAUCGAUGCAAUUGAAGGCAACAAGUCUGAUGCAUCCGACUGGGAUCCAGAAGAUCUCUGGGUCUCAUGA